CCGCUAAGAUGACCCUAACCUUAAAUUAAGACCUUAAAGCAACCCACAAUGUUUUUACAUUUCUACUACGUAGUUGGACCUGACUUUGUGGCUGUAAUAACUACUGUGAACCGGUAGAAAGACGCUCCAUCUUAACUCUUCCACCACAUUUACUGGAUUGGUUGAAUAGUGCCUCAGGUUGCUCAGCAAGCGUAACAGUAUUGAUUGGUCCACCAGUCUGCCAGUCAUUGUCUAGCUCUACUAUCACGCAAGUGACGCCCUAGUUUCUGCAGGUGCAACACUGGGUACUACUGCAACGGAGCUACAGAUAAAACAGACAAUUCACGAUGGCCUCAGCAACAGCCACCUAUGGACAGAAGGAGUCCUCCGACCAGAACUUCGACUACAUGUUCAAGAUCCUGAUCAUUGGCAACAGCAGUGUGGGUAAAACCUCCUUCCUGUUUCGCUAUGCUGAUGACUCCUUCACGCCGGCUUUCGUCAGCACGGUGGGCAUCGACUUCAAGGUGAAGACCAUCUACAGGAACGACAAAAGGAUAAAGCUGCAGAUCUGGGAUACUGCCGGACAGGAGCGCUACAGGACCAUCACCACGGCCUACUACAGAGGAGCCAUGGGCUUCAUCCUCAUGUAUGACAUCACCAACGAGGACUCCUUCAACGCCGUGCAGGACUGGUCCACCCAGAUCAAGACGUACUCCUGGGACAACGCCCAGGUCCUGCUGGUGGGAAACAAGUGUGACAUGGAAGACGAGAGGGUGGUGGCAGCAGACAGGGGCCGGCAGCUCUCUGACCAACUGGGCUUUGAGUACUUUGAGUGCAGUGCCAAGGACAACAUCAACGUCAAGCAGACGUUUGAGCGGCUGGUGGACAUCAUCUGUGAGAAGAUGUCGGAGAGCUUAGACAACGCCGACCCUGCCGUCACAGGGGCCAAACAGGGGCCCCAGCUCACCGAGCAGCCCGAACGCCCCCACCAGGACUGUGCUUGCUAAACACCCACUACACACGUACCACACACACCUGACCCCUCACACACCCCUUCCUACAGCCUCCUCAGCUGGUGGAAGAGGUCUGUGAUGGGUUUGUGUUUUAGAUGGAAGAGCCUGGCUGAAAACUCCGUUAUUCCAUAUUUCAGUCCCCCGUCCAUC